AUGUUCUGCAGCCGGGCUUUACUUCUGAGACUUUGGAGUGAUAGCCAUCGACCAUCCGGAAUAGAAUUGUGUUUCCAGAACGUCUGCGCUCCGCGGCCUGGUAGGCAAACCAUAGCAGCCACGUUUGCAGUGCUCCUGGUUUCACACCACCAGGCUGACGACUUUCAUAUUCGAAAGUACCACUACCAGUUUGCUCGAAAUGACGAAACGUUCGUUGUUCUUCGUCCUUUUCAACGGUUCGUGGUCUGUGCACUCCUUCGCCGUCAAUCUCUGAUCUGGAGCAGGCAUUGUGUCCGUGGCAUAUGCCGGGGUCAGAUUCCCUCAGAUUUCAAGGGCUGUCCAAGGCCGCGCCAACGAAGCGGUAGGGUCUCUCUUCGGCUCUACCUGUUACCUUUGUUAACUUCUGGCGGAAAGUGUGCCGUGGACCCCGAGGGUUGUCUCUGCACUGGAUUUUGCCCUCCCGAGAACGGCAUCUGCAGCGACGGUGCUUGCGAGUCCCUCUGCAUGCUUCCAGAGAUUGGCUGCGGCUUCGACUGUGUUGAUGCGUCUUCGGAUCCCGAAAACUGCGGCGGAUGUGACAUAGCGUGCCCUCCAGAGACCCCCGACUGUAUCGGUGGCGCGUGUCUCUUCAUCUGCCUGCCCCCGGACUUGGAAUGCAACGGGGCCUGUGUUGAUCCGGCCACCGAUCCCAGCAACUGCGGAGAUUGCGGUAUUGUGGUAUGUCCGCUGACCUGCUGCCGUGAUGGAUGGAGUCUAAUCUGCGUUCUUUUUUUCCUGCAGUGUCCUCAGGAUGAUGCCUGCUGCAACGGCGUCUGCACCCAUGUCCAGACAUGCCACGACGCUUGCGGGGCAUGCGAUAUUGUGUGUGAAGAGGGAGAAGUCUGUACGGCUGGUCUCUGCCAAGAGCCGGCGUGCCCUCCAGGCCAGGUCGAGUGCGAUGGUGUCUGUACUGAUCCGAACACUGAUCCUAACAACUGUGGUGCCUGUGGUACUGUGUGUCCUGAGGGAGAGCCAUGCGUGGACGGAGUCUGCCAAGUAGAAGAGUGCCCUCCCGGCGAGACUGACUGCGAUGGGACCUGCGUUGACACCACAACCGACCCUACCAACUGCGGCGCAUGUGGUGUUGCGGUGAGUACACCUGCCGCGGUUUGCUUUGUCAUUCCGAAGCUCAUUGUCGGCAGUGCCCGGAGGGAACGCCUUGUGUCAACGGGGCCUGCGAACUAG